UGGCAAGGUUAGCGCUGUUUGGCAGUUUGCGGGGGUGGAACCCAUCUUCACGUCAGCACCUUGUUACGACCGAACAGAAGAACAUUUUGGAAAUCUUCAACAACCACAAGAACCGACAGUUCGCUCGUGUUAUGCACAACUGGUCUCACCGUUACACUAUAUACAAUGUACAUGGACCACACCGCCCCAAUCGCGCACCGGAUCCGAGCCACGCGAUUUCUUGUGCCAUCUUCCACCUCCUGGGUUGCUCCCGAGAGCUCGUCUCCCGUGAGCUUAACUGCCGUAGGUUGUAUUCCGCCCGUACCACUCACGUCUGUCACAAAGAUCCAGACGACGAAGUGUAUGUUUCGAUAUGCACUUUCGACAGGAAAAAAACCACGCCACUUGAUGCAUCGUGCACGAUCCGCAACGUCCCAAGAUGCAAUUGCAACCCCACAACUGGCCGUUUCCCCCGCCUUUUAGCAGGUCUUGUCAAGAGAAAGGAGCCUCGGCCCUGUCUGCCUUGGGAUUAGUCCCCCGAACACCCCCCAACAGAUGACGCGCGGGUUGGCCCCGACCCGCCUGCCAGGAACGGGGUCUUUUUGCUCUGUCUCGAGAAAGGCGGAAAACACGGGAUCGGAGAGCUUUUUGGAACUUCUCUUCAGCUAGCCGAGGCUUGGGAUAUGGCUUCUUUUGUUUGGACUCAAAGAAGAAGAGAGGUCAGGAUACGGGCCACACGUGCGCAAAGGUCGAUGCUGUGCCGCCAUCGCAAUGCUGGCCGCAGAAAGCAGAGAGAGAGGUCUGCUGGUCGGCUUGAUUCCGACCCUUUCUGUGCGCAGACGCCAGGAUGCUACUGUAGGCAUUGCUUGGGGUGGAGCUAGGUGUGUCACAGACAAUGAAUGCCAACUGAACUUGGCUCUUUCCCAACUUCUUCUGAACCCCUCAGAGGCUCGCCUACGUACGGAUUUCGGAACAACGGAUGGAAAUUAUGCCCGCCCCCCGUGCCUGCUUCCCUGGGGAGGUAGGAUUUUUUCUGUCUGUUGGAAAAUCAGAUGGAAUAAAGAGCAAGGGAGCUGCACUUCUCCUGGUGUCCCACACUACUUGCUUACACUCUUGUCUCUGCCGUCAUUGUCAUAUAUCACCACAUACACGCUCGUACCGGACGCAUAUCAUACGGCCAGCAUACGGUUGUACCCUCUAGGGACCGUGUUGAUCUGCUGCUUUGGUUGCUCAACAGCUGUUGACCCCUGCGGCGAAAACCUGGCUUUAUAUACGGCGGCAGCCGAGUCCAACCGGUGAGCCGUUCUUGGUCGCGGGCGGCUGUUUGUUUUUACUUCCCUCUACUCGUCUUCUCUGUGAGGACGCAGAUACUGAGGGGAGUUAUCUGCUCUACCCGCUAGUUCGGGGUAUCGUUUCUUCGUUGGCUUCUGUGCUUUCUUCAACACCAAGAUGGGACUCGUUGAAACAGCUAUCGAGCAUGUCUCGGUUAAAUCAGUGUUGAUCCUCGGACCAGCACUGCUUCUGGCACAUCUGGCUUGGUGGCUAGUUUUGAGGCCUGCAUGGCAGGAAAUCAAGCUUGCCCGGAUGACUGGCGCAAGGCCACCAAGGAUUCCCUCCAAGUUGCCGUUCAGUAUCGAUUUUAUUUACCGCAGCGUCAAGGCUUCAAUGAACUACCAGAACCUCCCCAUGUGGAAAUCCCUCUUUGUACAAGCCAACUCAUCAACCGUCGAGAACCGUAUUGCUGGCCGCCGCGUGGUCAUGACCUGCGACCCCGAGAACAUCAAAGCUAUCCUGGCAACCCAGUUCGGUGAUUAUGGCAAGGGCGAGCCCUUCCACAGGGAGUGGAAGGCCUUUUUGGGCGACAGCAUUUUCACUACCGAUGGAGAUUUGUGGCAUGGCAGCCGACAGUUGAUCAGACCUCAGUUCAUCAAAGACCGUGUCAGCGACCUGCACGUGUUUGAGAAGCACAUGCAGACUCUCUUCCGGGCUAUUGCGAACGGAGGAGCUCUCAAUGGCGAGGGACAGCAUGUGGAUCUUGAGGCUGGCAAUGGGAAGCCAGUUGAUAUCAGCGAUUUGUUCUUCCGGUUUACACUUGACUCGGCGACAGAUUUCCUGUUGGGCAAGGAUGUCAAGUCUCUCAGCAACCCCCGCCAAGAAUUCGCCGAAGCCUUCGCCGAAGUCCAAAGAGUUCAGUCCAUCAUUAGCCGUGCUGGGCCCCUCAACGUCUUCGUCCCCCGUGGCUCCUUCCGCAAGGGCAUGAAAAUCAUCAACGCCUUCAUCAACCAGUACAUCGAGCAGACCCUCCGUCUUGACCCUAACGACCUCGCCAGCAAGUCUGACGCCGGUUAUACCUUCCUGCAUGCCCUGGCUGGGUUCACCCGUGAUCGUCAAGUUCUCAGGGACCAACUUAUUGCUGUCCUGUUGGCCGGAAGAGACACCACCGCUUGCACCUUGUCCUGGACCAUCUACGAACUCGCUCGCCACCCUGAAGCUCUCAAGAAGUUGAGAGAGGAAAUCUUGCGUGUGGUUGGUCCUACUCGUGCGCCUACUUAUGAGGAUCUCAAGGGGAUGAAGUACCUUCAGAAUGUCAUGAACGAGACACUGAGGUUGUAUCCUGUUGUGCCCUUCAAUGUCCGUCUCGCGCUCAAAGAUACCACCCUCCCCCGUGGAGGCGGUCCCGAUGGCUCCCUUCCAGUCAAGGUCCUUAAGGAUACACCCAUCGCCUACUCCACACUCGUCAUGCAACGCCGUGAAGACCUCUAUCCCCCCGUAUCCGCCAACUUCGCCCCAGUCGAUGUCUUCAGCCCAGAUCGAUGGUCCGUCUGGCAACCCAAGCCAUGGCAGUACAUCCCCUUCAACGGCGGUCCGAGAAUCUGCAUCGGGCAGCAGUUUGCGCUGACCGAGAUGGCAUACGUGUUGACCAGGUUAUUUCAAAAGUACGAGAGGCUGGACAACUACAUGGGUGAGAUUGAUGGUGGCAACCCGUGCCUGAGGGCCGAGAUUGUGCUGCAACCGGGUGAUGGUGUAAAGGUUGGGUUCUGGGAGGCCAAGAAGGCUUGAUAUCAGGUAUGGGGAUCGGGGUUUUGAUUUUGGGCUAUGGUAUAUAUCAGACUGUCUCACUCAGCGGCAUGCCUUCUUCCUUUACAGGGAUUUGUAUGAAUAUGAUUUAUGAGAUUUUACUCAUCUAUGAUGUGUCUUUCCAUCUCAUCC